AUGGAACUAGAUGGGAAAAAGAUUGCUUUAGAAACUAAUGAUUAUGAUUUUGGAUUGAGUACACAAGAUAUGGAAAACCUAUCCCAAGAUACAUUUUCAAAGUCGAAAAACCAAGGAAAUCAAGAUAAAGAAAGACGUCCACACUUAACUUACGUGAUGAGCAGAUACAUCGAACCAGAGAAGCAUCACCGGAUGCCGCAUUGGUGUACAUCCGUGAAGAGGAUUGGGAAAAAACCGCUACAUAUUGGACCUGCAAAAUUAGAUAGUGAAAUGGCUGCUCGUCUUAUAACUAAAACCGAGUGUCUUGCUAACUCG